GUCCUCCUCAACGCAAUCGCGAUCAUGGAGUCUUCUGGAUUUGAUUGGUGGAUCCUCACUCUGCCUUUUUGUUCCCGGCAUUUGUCUGCCGACGCCAACGAUCAUGCAUGGAGAGUUGUCGCUGCUGCUCUGGCCAUGCUGGUUGUAGCUGCCGUCUCGGCGAUCCUGGCUUCUUGGCUUGUUCCCGGUGGCAAUGCAUGGGGGAGGACGCUGAGGAAGAAGCAGACGAUCCCGGGGCCCCGAGGAUGGCCAGUGCUUGGAGUCCUCACGGAGAUGGGAGGCCAAGCUCACCGAAAGUUGGCCAAGCUUGCCGAGAAGUACCAUGCGAAGGAGCUCAUGGCCUUCAGCCUGGGUAACACGAGGAUGAUCAUCACCAGCAAGCCGGAAGUGGCACGAGAGCUGCUCAACAGCUCCGAGUUCGCGGACAGGCCUCUCAAGCAGUCGGCUCAGCAGCUCCUUUUUGGACGAGCAAUCGGCUUUGCUCCCUAUGGAGAGUACUGGCGUAACUUGCGAAGGAUCGCCUCCAACUAUCUCUUCUCUCCGCGCCAGAUUGCUGCUCACGAGCCAUCUCGUCAGGAGGAGACGAGCAGGAUGAUCAAAGCGAUGAGUACCUUUGCAGCGGAAAACCACGGCCUUGUCCGAGUCCGGGACUUUCUCCAGCGAGCUUCGCUUAACAACAUCAUGCAGACGGUGUUCGGCAGGAGGUUCGAGGAUGGCUCUGAGGAUGCUGCUCGGCUCUCUGAGAUGGUGAGGGAAGGAUUCGAGCUGCUCGGUGCGUUCAACUGGGCCGAUCACUUGCCAGCUCUAAAGGCAGUCGAUCCGCAAAACAUCCUCCAACGCUGUGCUGUGCUGGUUCCCCGAGUGACGAGCUUUGUGCAGAAGAUCAUUGACGAGCAUCGCCAACAGGUUACCAAAGCUGCCGAGCCUGACUUUGUGGAUGUGCUGCUCUCGCUGGAUGGUGAGGACAAGCUCGAAGACGCCGACAUGAUCGCAGUUCUCUGGGAGAUGAUUUUCCGAGGCACUGACACCGUUGCCCUUCUCACCGAGUGGAUUGUCGCAGAGCUCGUCCUCCAUCCUGAAAUCCAGAGCAAGUUGAGAGAUGAGAUCAUUAGCUUGGCUGGAAAAUCUAGAGUUGCCGAAUCCGACCUCAACAAAAUGGUGUACCUCCAAGCUGUGGUGAAGGAGGCUCUUAGAAUGCAUCCUCCGGGUCCCCUGCUCUCUUGGGCAAGACUGGCAAUUCACGACGUAAGCUUGGCCGGGCACCACAUCCCUGCAGGCACCACGGCCAUGGUAAACAUGUGGUCCAUCACUCACGAUCCAUCCGUCUGGUCCGAGCCUGAGAAAUUCAACCCGGAGAGAUUCCUUGAGCAAGACAUCGACGUGAAAGGAACCGACUUACGUCUCGCUCCAUUCGGAGCUGGUCGGCGAGUGUGUCCCGGACGAGCUCUCGGCCUUGCGACUGUUCUCCUCUGGACUGCUCGACUGGUGCAAGAGUUCCAGUUCCAGGCAGACUCCCUCCAUCCCGUGGAUCUCACCGAAGUUCUCAAACUCUCGAGUGAGAUGGCUACACCUUUGUUGGUAAAGGUCCUCUAGCAGUUUAAAGUUCCUAU